AUGCCUCACUUCACGGUGCCCAUCGAGACGCAAAGCGGCCGCAACUCUCCCAAACAACCUCCAUCAACCAUCUACAAUGUCAGCGAUCCGCCGUACCGCGGCCAGCUUGAAGCAGACGCCACAUACUAUCGCCAGACCUCACCGGAUACCGCGAUCGUAAUCGACAAUGGCAGCUCUUCAGUCCGCGCAGGCUGGCAGACCGAUGCCACUCCUCGCCUACAAUUCCCGCCGCUUAUGGCGCGUUAUAUGGAUCGCAAGCUAAACCGGAAGCUGACUUUCAUCGGCUCGGAGAUCUACUUUGAUGGCACGGCGCGUGGGCAAGCAAAGAAUAUAUACGAGCCUGGGAGCAAUAUCAUCAACAACUGGGAUUGCGUGGAAGGCGUGCUGGACUACAUCUUCCUCAAAUUCGGUCUAGAUCAUGCGAAUUCGGGCGUAAUCGAUAGACCGAUUCUCAUGACCGAGCCUCUAGCAAAUCUGGCCUAUACCAGGCGCGUGAUGAAUGAGAUACUAUUCGAGCUGUACAACGUGCCGAGCGUUGCGUACGGAGUAGACAGCUUGUUCAGCUACAACUACAAUGGCGGAAACACGGGCCUGGUCGUCAGCAGUGCGAAUAUGAGCACUCAUCUGAUACCUGUGGUGGACAAGCAGCCUUUGAUAUCACAUGCGACAAGGCUGGACUGGGGAAGGGCGCAGUGUGCUGAAUAUCUCACAAGACUGCUAAAAAUCAAGUAUCCUGGCCUGCUCACGACCGGGAAGGUGAACGAGACGCAGAUCGAAGAUCUGGUGCGCAACCACUGCUAUAUAAGCCAGGACUACGAUAGAGAAGCAGCGAAGAUGCUCGAGUGGACUGGGUUGGAAGACCGUGACUGCAUUGUGCAACUGCCGUUCCAGGAGAAAGAAGUCGUGCAGAAGACCGAGGAAGAGAUCAAAAGAGCUGAGGAAAAGAGACGCGAAGGAGGAAGGAGAUUACAGGAGCAAGCAGCAAAGAUGCGACUGGAGAAGCUUAUCCGGAAAGAGCAAGAAUUGGAGUACUUCAAGCAGCUGCAGGAACAGGUGCAAGAAGCGACAACGAAGAAAGAGAUCAGAGCACUGCUCGAAGAGGACGAGUUCAAGGAUGAAGCACAUCUCGACCGCAAGAUCAAGGAGAUGGAGAAGAGCAUACGGAAGCAGAGGAACAAGGAUGUGGGAGACUUGGAGGAAGAGCCUGUCGAGCCUCCGACAUAUCCCCUACUGGAUAUUCCCGACGAAGAGCUGGACGAGGACGGCAUCAAGGCCAAGCGGCAGCAGAGACUAUUGAAGAGCAACCACGAAGCUCGAGCUCGCGCGAAGGCAGAGAAGGAGGCCGAAAAAGCACGGCAGGCAGAGAUACAGCGACUUGACGAUGAGCGGAGAGAGUCAGAUCUGGAUGCUUGGGUGGAGGAGCGCCGAGCUGCCAGACAAGCCACUAUACAGAAGAUGAAGGAGCGUGAGCGAUUAAAGGCAGACCUCGGCAACAGAAAGUCGCAAGCCUCGCAAAUGCGCAUGAAGCAAAUCGCGAACUUGGCAUCAGAUAACCCUACAGGUCGGAAAAGAAGACGGGGUCAGGGCGACGAUGAUGGUUUCGGAGCAGAUGAUGCAGACUGGAUGGUCUAUCGAGAUAUUCAAGCCGGUCGCAACGAUGAUGACGAAGAUGACGAGGAGGAAGAUCUCGACGGCCAACUCAAGAACAUCGAAGCACAGCUCCUCAAGUACGAUCCGGGUUUUACCGAGCACAGCACACAAGAAGCGCAGAAAGACUGGACGAAGAGCUUGGUCCAUGCUUUCGUGCGCGGGCCUUACCCAUUCGACCCGGAAUCAGCGCGAGAAUCGAAUCGGUUCCACCUUAACGUCGAGCGAAUACGGGUACCUGAAGUCGUCUUUCAGCCCUCCAUUGCAGGUGUUGACCAAGCUGGCAUUGUUGAGAUCGCUGAAGAUAUCCUCAUGCAGCGAUUGUCCGGCCAUGCAGCACGGGAUGCUAUCCUCAAAGAUGUGUUUCUGACUGGAGGAUACACACUGUUCAAGGGCUACGAAGAGCGAUUGCAAAAUGAGCUCCGCGCAGUUCUACCGGCCGAUGUUCAGCUUGGCGUGAGGCGUGCAAAGGAUCCAAUUCUGGAUGCCUGGAAAGGUGCUGCGAAGUGGGCUUCGAGUGCGGAGAGCAGGAACUCAUUCGUGUCAAGGGAAGAGUGGCAGGAGAAGGGCGGCGACUAUAUCAGAGAGCACAAUCUGGGCAACGUCUACUCCUAGACUCAUCGCGAUGUAUGAUACCUUUUUGGGCGGCCAAUGUCACGCUGGGCUCGGCGCCAAAAUACGGCAGCGCUGGUGUUAUGGCGCAUGAGACAUCCCAACGGACUCGUGCUUUCGACCUGUACUAUCACUGAGAUACCAUCUCAAGGCCUUCAAUACGAGCUUGCAGCUUUUUGCUCUGAUUCAGCCAACUACAUGGUACAACUCCCAAACUCGUGGCUUCGCAGAUUGGCAUCGACUCCAAAUCGUCAUGUCCAAUAAGCGACGACGUUGGAGUUGCACGACAGGAAGCCGCCAAACUGAGCAGCGCUACACUCGAGCGCCUUGCUACUCAGCUCACUCCAGGUUCUUACACUCUUUCCUAAGUUGCUCACAGCGGCAGCCUUGCCAUACGACGGUGAUGUUGGAUCAAAUGCUCCAAUUCUGCUUCUUCUGCCAUGCACUAUGCCAGAUUCAGCACAGGCACGGAAACUGCAAAUGUCCAUCGACGCUAAGGACCACGCGAAGAAUAGAUGCAGAUGUGACAUGGAACACCUCAGAAAGAGGUCGAUUGCGGGCAUGUCGGCCUGAGUACGGACAACUGCGUGGUAGAACGGCAACUCCAAUUCUCGAUUGUCCACAGAUAAAAACAAGAGAAACAUCUAC